AUGCCCUUCUCAACACUGGAAGUUGUACCAAAGCCCUCCAGCCAUGUCUUCCAGAAGCCAACCAAGCGAAUCCACGAUGGACCGGAUCUACAGUCAUUCCUCACCUCCUAUGCAUAUCGAGAUAUCAUGACCUUCAUACUCCAACUCAACCAUGCCACCGUUGCCCGUAGAGUCACAGAGGGAAACUCAACUACUCUGCACCAAUGGACCCUUGACUCACCCAACUUAGAAUACUCGGACCCGGUGCAACGCCUCCGUACCCUGAUCAAGAAGUUGGAAAGUCUCAUCAAAGACGUGCCUCCAGAUACCGGUCCCCGGCGGUUCGGCAAUGUCAGUUUCCGAACCUGGUACAAACUCGUCGAAGAUCGAAUAACGAGUCUGCUAGCAGAGACACUUCCGCCUGAUCUCAGCCCUGGUAUUGAGGAAAUAGGUGCGUACUUGUUGGGCAGCUUUGGAAGUCCCCAGAGACUGGACUAUGGGACGGGCCAUGAAUUGAGCUUCUUGGCUUUCCUCGGAUGUCUCUGGAAGCUUGACUAUUUCCAGAAAUCAGCGCCCGGCGUUGAGGAGAGGGCAAUAGUCCUUGGUGUAUUUGAGGAAUAUCUGCGGCUCAUUAGAACGCUCAUAAAGGUCUACACGCUCGAGCCUGCUGGUUCGCACGGAGUAUGGGGUCUGGACGACAACUCCUUCCUCCCGUAUAUCUUCGGCUCGGCUCAACUCAGCCCGGCAAUCUUCGAGGAGAAUGAAACACCUACAGAAGGCUCACUACCAGAGGCACCCGAACCAAGCUCGGUGUCGAAAGCCAACCUGGUCGAUAAGGAAAAGGGCCAAAACAUGUAUUUCUCCGCCGUUGCCUUCAUUUUCGAGGUUAAAAAAGGCCCAUUCUGGGAGCAUAGCCCCAUGCUGUUCGACAUUUCUGGAAUCAAGGACGGUUGGGGAAAGAUCAACAAGGGUAUGGUUAAGAUGUACAAUGCUGAGGUACUGUCCAAAUUUCCGGUCGUGCAACAUUUCCCAUUCGGUUCACUGUUUCGAUGGGAGAGAGACCCGGCAGCGAAGCUACAACCCGCCACAACUCAUAACAGCAGCCAGCCACUCCGCAACCCGGGAGCCAAUGCCCCGAAUGUCGCGGGCAGGCCAGGAAAUCAGGCAGCGACUGCAGCUCCAUGGGCAGGUCGUCCCCCACCACCUCCUGCUGGCUUUGUCAACGGCGUAACGCAAGCCCCAUGGGCGAAUCGGACGUCAGCCCCGCCGUUGAGAAGUAGCAUGCGCGCUCCCCCGAGCAAGCAGGAGCCAGUGAUACCGGAGGCGCCAAAAACCCAUGACAGGUCGUGA